GCUGUCAAAAUUGAUCGUCAGUUAUUUAAAACCAAAACAAAUAUUAACAGGUCGGAAAAUUUACUCGGAGUUUCAACCGUUUCGCAUAUUUGAGGCAAACAACGGAAUAUUCAUAUGUUGCAUUGUGCUUUCUGUAAAAGUUAACUAAAAAUGGCUAACGAAAAUAGCACUUUCAAGAAACCUUCAGUUGAUCUGAAACUACUCAACAAGGGCCGCAAACAGGAACCUCCGGUCACUUCUGGUUCAGAUAGUGGAAAAACGCUGCCCCCUGAUUCGAGUGAAUUACCUCCAAUCCCAUAUAAAGAGCCAGAAUGGUCUGGGAUAUGUGAUCCAGCAGUGAAUUACAGCUUUGAGGUUUUGAAAAACGGAGUUAUCAUCGAAACAGUGGGCCAACUACAUCGCAAAGCGUUUUGGUUAUUCGGUCGUUUACCGAAUUGUGACAUUAAUAUGGCACACCCAACGAUCUCGCGAUAUCACGCGAUUCUACAGUACAGGUGUGCUCCGGAAAAUCAGGAAGUCGAAUCCGACGAAGAGCCGGAGGAAACGAGAGAUCACGUCACCAUCGAAUCUGGUUGGUAUCUGUAUGAUUUGAAUAGUACUCACGGAACAUUUUUGAACAAGCAACGUUUGAAAUCGAAGACCUAUGUUCGCGUGAGAGUGGGUUACAUGAUAAAAUUAGGUUCAAGCUCCCGAACGUACAUUCUGCAAGGACCGACCGAAGACGAGGAUGAACCAUCGGCAAUGACAAUCACGGAAAUGAAAGAGAUGCGUCAGAAACAGGAGGAACUUCGGCAGGAAAUGGUUGAAAUCGAACGUCAAGAAAAUGAACGAAUACAAAAGCUGAAAGAGGCAGAAGGCAUAAAUUGGGGCAUGGCGGAAGAUGCCGACGAAGAGACAGAUCUCGCGCACAAUCCAUACGCCGCAUCAAACAACGAGGAGCUAUUUUUGGAUGACCCCAAAAAGACACUGAGGGGUUACUUCGAACGGGAAGGUCUAGAGUUGGAUUAUAAAUUGGAUGAGCCAUCCGCAGGGACCUAUGUUUGUAAAGUCGAACUUCCGGUGGAUGACGACUUGGGACGGGCAGUAAUAGCGGAAGCAACACACAAGGGUAAGAAAAAAGAGGUGGUUGUGCAGUGUGCAUUGGAAGCGUGUAGAAUUCUGGACCGUUAUGGACUUCUACGACAAGCUACACACGAACCGCGCCGAAGAUUCAAGCGAACAUCCGAUUCCGACGAGGAUGACGACUUUCUCGAUCGCACCGGAGAUGUGGAACGACGUCGUCAGAGGAAACAAACUAAAAGCGCAGCUGAAGUUCAUACAUAUGAGGAUUUAAUCCGGCAAGAAUCGAAAAUACUCGAGAGACUAGAGGAGAUCGAAGCAAAGAUUCAGCAAAGACAGACCAUCGAAAGGGGCAUCCGUUUGCCGGAGAACGACGAUGAUGUGGACGAAUUUUUAACAACACUUUCAGAGCCAUACGACAAAUUUGAGGUGCGUCGGUUACGGUUAGAGAAGGAGCGAUUGACCAAAGAUCACGUAACGCUCCAGAAACUCAUCAAGAUCGCCAAACCCCUUGACUUACCUAGUUUGAGUCAAAACCCGACCCUGGAUGCGAAACAGCAAUUGAAGAAAAAGAUGAUGCCGUUAUUUGGUAAGCGUAAUAAGCUGAACAAGGCAUUUGGAAUUAAAAAAUCGGAUGUUAAGGUUGGUGGGUCAACGAGCACACAGGGGGAUGCAGAAGAAGAGGAGGAGGAGGAGGAUGAUUGUGAAAAGGUCGGGGAGAAGGAAGAUCCUCCGAACAAGGAAAAAAAGGUGGUUCCAUCGACAGAGGAAACGGUUAAACGUAGUCAAGGUCCAGUCUGCAGCACUGAGCAUCUGGAGAAAACCUCCCAAACACAAGCCUUACCCAAAUAUGCAACCGACAACAAAAAUAAAAUUAUAGACAGCAAAACAGAUCAUUAUUCGGUUGCAGGAAAGGCGAGUGAAAAGCGCAGAAGUGAGGGAGAUUGUGAGGAGGAACCCAGUUCUAGCAAUAAGAAGAAACGUAAUCGCUUCCGUGUGCGAGAAAAGAAUCGAGACAACGUCGAUUUCGACGAUAGCGAAGAACUACAAAAUGAGGAGAAAAACGUUGAGUGGGUUCCUCCGGAGAAUCAAACUGGCGAUGGUAUGACUUCACUUAAUGAGAAAUUUGGAUACUAGUAUAAUAGCACUGGGCCAAAAGUUUGAGAUAUAUUUAGAUUAUAUCAUGAGUAUUUUGAAAUGGGGUCGUUGUUUUCAUGUCAUCUAUAUGAAAAUAAGUUUUGGCGGAGGACUAUCCGAUGAAUUACUAUAAUAGAUCUUGUUCCCGUAGCUGUUAUGUGGUGAAAUAAAAUGAUUUCAAUAAACUACUG